AUGGACGGGUACGGUGGAAAUUACCGUGGUGCCGGUAGUCAUGUACACACCACCGCCAUGUAUUUACAGCUGGGCGACUUUUUGAACCUGUGCUACCCCCCGCCAAUGAUACUCCUCGGUUUCUUGGGAAACCUUUUGUCGGGCUUGGUCUUCAUGAGCAAACAGAUGCGAGUUAGGAGCUCCAGUUACUAUCUGGCGGCUCUCGCGUUCGCCGAUAUUGGUUUUCUCUCGUGGUUCCUGAUCAACUGGUUGAACUUCUAUCUUAGCUUAAGGGUCUUUGACUGGCCUGGAUUCUGCGAGGUUGCGAUAUACAUACGCUCGGUCUGCGUGAGCUUGAGCGCAUGGCUAAAAGUCGCCUUCACUGUCGAGCGUUUCGUCGCUGUCCUGUACCCACUACACCGGCCGCAGAUCUGCACUGCUCGUCGGGCCCAACAUAUAGUUCUGACGUUGGUGGCUCUCGCCCUCGUAAGUCACUCGUAUUGCAUCGUCACCUUGAAUCCUGUUAACUUCGACCCCUGGAUCACCAUGUGCAAAACGAAGAAUAAUUAUCUUAAAACGAUGUACAUCGUCAAUAUCGUCAACGACCUCGUUAACCUCGUCGGGCCCAUCGUCCUCGUCGCCGUCAUGAACACCUGCAUCUGGUUGAAGUUUUCGCGCUCCGGGAAGCCCUUUGCCUAUGGCCAUCAGCAGCAGAACUUGGAGCUUCAGAGCCAGCCACAGCAGAUGCCACAGGGCAGCCAAAUUUAUAACAUACCAAAAUCGGUUUCCUCCACCACCCCGGUGUGGUUAUCUGCGAUAAUCGCGAUGUGCUCGUGUCGCUGCUUCUGGGAGACCUUCUUCAGCAUCCUGACCAUCCUGUUCAUAACCGUGCUCGUGCUCAUGCUCGUCUGCAACAAGGACGACACAUGCGGGGCGGAUGAACAUUUCCACGAGACUCGGCACAAGAUACUGCGGUUCUUCCACAUCCACGACUACGAGAGGCCGAUCUCGGGCUUCAUCGACAAGUUGUCCAACGAGGCCGACAAGUUCAUCAACAAUUUGAAGAAACCCGUGACAAACGACUACCGAUGA